AUGGUUUCUGCAUUUAUCCCUCGAACAGAAAAUGUUAUUGGAUAUUCACUUCCAUAUGUUAAAUUCACACAUUUGGUGAAAAAGUAUCCAAAUACUCUUAAAUGUCGAUGUUCGAAAAUUGGGGUUGCUUAUGAAACCUUUGUGAAAGUUCAUGUCAAUUUUCAUCAAGUAUGUUCAAGUCAAUUUAUCAAACAAGAUUGGAUUGAUUCAAUAUUUGUGGAAAGAAAUACAACGUCAUCAACUACAUCGAAUAUUCAAUCAUAUUUUAGUUUUUUUUGGCAAGUAAUUGCAGGCUUUUGCGUUGUUAGUAAGAGUACAUGGAUAGAUGCUAUCGCAAACUUUAAUGCAUCACGUGUCCUCACUCCGAUGGCAGUUGCUGAAGAAGUUCUUCGUAGUCAAGCUCAAGAAGAUCUUAGGAAUCAUAUUUAUUCAGCUCAAACAAAUAUGGCUCAGAGUUUACUUGCUCUUCGACGAACAACAGCUGGAAAUCAAUUUGUAUCUGCAUUGGGAACUAACUUUUAUCUUUGUUAUUGGCCAUCAAUCUUGGGAAACUGGAAUAAUCCGAAAAUGUUACCAGUAGUAUUCAAUAAUUGCUCCUGUUUGAAUAUUAAUGGAUGUCCACGUCCAAUUCUCAUCAGUACGAGUGAAUAUCAAUCGGUAGCAGUUCCAGGAAUGAUAAUCGAUUGUUUAAUUGUUGAUGCAACGCUAGCUUCUACACUAGAAUGUUACUAUGAUCCAACAUGUUUUCGUCUUUUACAUAAUGAAUCAACUGCAACAGUAAACUUAUUAUUGAAUGACUCAAACAAAUAUUUUAAAGUGAAUUCUACUGUACAAAAUCUCCUCGAUUAUUUAAUGAUUGAUGAGUUGAAUACUGAAAUCAUGUUCGAUUCAUUUUAUGAACAAUGUAAUCCUGCUUAUUGCACGUACUCAUAUACACAUCGUUUUUCUACAUUGUUUAUUAUUACGACAAUAAUUGGUAGUUUUGGAGCAUUAUCUUUUGUUUUGCGUCUCCUGGCACCAUUUCUUGCACAAGUAAUUCUUCGUUGGAAAACCAGAGGCGUUUCAAAUGAACGCAUUGCAGAGAAUGUCACGAAUUCGGCACCUAGACAAUUAACAGUGAUCAAUCGUGUUCGGCAUUUACCAAACUUCGCAUAUCAACAACUUAGUACAUUGAAUAUAUUCGAAAGUAAAACAAUACGAACACGUACAAAUUUAACACGUGAAUAUUUCUUAACACGACUCUUCACAUGCAUAUUCAUCAUUGGCUCGAUUGGAAUUGGCUUUUACAUAUUUAUAUCUGAACAAAAUCAGGUCGUAACAAUCAUGCAUCUAUCUUUAGAAACCUAUGAAAAUCUGUUCAAUGAAUAUUCAACUUCGAUACAAUGUCCUUGUUCGCAAGCCUCCGUCCCCUAUGGAGCAUUCAUAAAUGUAACAUUUGUCUUACAUCAAGUGUGCUCAAGUGAUCUAGUUUCACCAAGUUGGUUACAUUAUUUGGCGUCCUUUAAUCCAACUCUUAUACCUGCUUGGACGGAAACAGAGUUUUCACGUGAUUUUCGUCUUGAAGGUGUUUCGUAUUUUCAGCUUUUGGCCACGUUUUGUUCUUUAGCUAAAAUCAAUAUUGAAGAUGGCCAACGUAUUUUUACCAAUACACAAUUCGUCAACGAUCAACUUCUAUCUCGAUCAAUCUUUGUUCAACAAACCGAAGCGCUGGCUAAAUCAUUUAUCAAUAAAACACGUAACAAUUUUGCACGUAUUUUAAAUUGGAUUGAUAUUGCUGGUAGU